AUGUCCGUAAUAAAGGUUGUAAAGUGUAUAUAUGCAACUCAGUCUGGAGAAUGGUACACUUUAGGGAUGAGAGAAGGAAGAGGAAAAAUACAGAAAAAUAAUAAAACACGUCUUUUAUGUCUUUUGUAUUUAAAGAGAUUUUGCCUAUAUUCAUGUGUGGUUUCGUGUGGACUUCGUGGACACAGAAUACGUGUGUAUCGAAGAAUCGACUAA